AUGUACACCCCUACUCUACUCUGCUUCUGCUGCUUCCUCCUCUUGUUCACAAUUCCACCGCCGUCGGUGGCGGCCGGAGACUCCUCCUCACCCUCCCAAAUCAUCUCCCGAUUCCAGCAAUACCUCCAGAUCAACACCGCCCAGCCCACUCCCGACUACCACCUCGCCGCCGAGUUCCUCAUCUCUCAAGCCGAUUCCAUCUCCCUCCCAUCCCGCUCCAUCGAAUUCGUCCAUGGCAAACCCUUGGUCCUCAUCCACUGGCCCGGAUCUGACCCCGACCUACCUUCCAUCCUCCUCUACUCCCACACUGACGUCGUCCCCGCCGAACCACACAAGUGGGACCACCCUCCUUUCUCCGCCCACCUCGAUCCCUCCUCCGGCCGCAUCUUCGCCAGAGGCUCCCAGGACAUGAAGUGCGUCGGGAUGCAGUACCUCGAGGCCGUCCGCCGCCUCAAGGCCUCUGGAUUCCGACCCCGCCGAUCCGUCUACCUCGCCUUCUCCCCCGAUGAAGAAAUCGACGGCCACGAUGGCGCCGAAAAGUUCGCCUAUUCCGAUGUCUUCGACGCCUUGAACGUCGGCGUCGUCCUCGACGAAGGGCUGGCAUCUCCCGGUGACAGUUACAGACCGUUCUACGCUGAAAGGAGCCCCUGGUGGCUGGUGAUUAAGGCCGUCGGAGCUCCCGGCCAUGGAGCUAAGCUUUAUGACAACAGCGCCGUGGAGAAUCUGUUCAAGAGCAUCGAGUCAAUCAGGAGGUUUAGGGCAUCUCAAUUUGAUUUGGUGAAAACUGGAUUGAGAGCUGAAGGGGAGGUCAUUUCGAUUAACACGGCCUUCCUUAAGGCUGGCACUCCUUCUCCAACUGGGUUUGUCAUGAACCUGCAACCAUCUGAAGCAGAAGCAGGUUUCGAUAUUCGUAUCCCGCCAACUGCUGAUCCUGAAUCGUUGGAGAGGCGGAUCAACGAAGAGUGGGCGCCUGUUUCACGCAACAUGACAUUCCAGUUCAAGCAAAAGGCUUCCGUGUAUGACAAGGAAGGGAAGCCCAAGCUUACAAAAACAGGGAGUUCAAACCCGUGGUGGAUACUGCUCGAGGAAGCUGUAGCGAAAGCCGACGGAAAGCUUGGUAAGCCAGAAAUCUUUCCUGCAGCAACAGACUCUCGCUACUUCCGAGAAUGGGGUCUACCAGCCAUCGGCUUCUCCCCAAUGGCCAAUACACCUGUUCUUGUGCAUGAUCAUAAUGAGUUCUUGAGCCAAGCCGAGUAUCUGAAAGGCAUUGAGGUGUACGAAUUGAUAAUUAGAGCUUUUACAUCUUCGGAGCAUACUGGUGCUUCCAAGGACCACAAAGAUGAGCUGUAG